AGUGCAGCCGCAAGGAAUGUAUUGAGCGAUUCAAAUAAUCCACUCAUUUCUGAAACAUUCGGCGCUGCUGUUUCGUCAGAGGUCAUGCUCAUGAUGUAAAAAGACUGCGUUGUUCUAUAGCAAGAAAUGAUCCCCAGCACAGCAACCGACGUCGAUAAUGGAGGUUGACUUCAAAACAUAGCGCUAGUAAAAUGGAUGAAAAUAAAAAGUUUGACUGUAUUUGUCGUAUCUGCACCGACGAAAGCGAAGGAAUUAAUAUUUAUAGUGAAGAAGGAAAAAAACACAAUCUAGAAGGAAAGAUAAGAAAGUAUUUAUACAUAUCGGUUUAUGUUGAAGAUAAUCUUCCUAAAAUGGUAUGUCAAGACUGCAAGACCAAACUAGAUGAUGUACAUCAAUUUGCUACAAUGGCUGUAAAAAUGCAAGAAAAGUUGAAAAAAUCUGUAAAAAUGAAAAAUGAUGAACCAUCGGAAACCAACUGCGAAUCUACUGAUGACGAGCAUAAUGGUAGUUUAUUGCAUUCUAUUCUCACCAAGGGCCAAAAUGGUAGCAACGGCAAUGCCUCUCCAUCGGAAUCGCCGUCAGAGCCAUCUGAGGUGACAGAGGUGGAAGUGCGCAUUGACCCAAUGCUCUUCUUCUCGUGUGACGACACCAACGAUGACGGAGAGCCCACCGCCAUGGAAGGCAUCGAGAAUGGUGCAAUAGAUGAUCCAUUCUCUGAAGACAAAUCACACGUCAAAAUAAGGAGAGAACAUACGAAUAGAAACUCAGUGUCGCGAGUUCCCCCACCACCUGGUCUCGUUCCAAUUCAUUCAGCGAAGGAUUACAAGCCAUACAAAUGCACUGUUGCCAACUGCCCUCGUGGCUUCAACACUGAAAUAGGACUACAAAAUCAUUUAUGGUGUCACUCGCAUGCAACUAGAAAAGUGCUUUCAUCUGCUAAUUCGAAUCCAAAACGAAGAAGGCGUAGACGGGCCGCAUUCCUGCCGGUAACGGGGGACGUCGCCGUCGAGCAAGUGACCAGCAACGGUCAGAGCUUCCUCUGUCCAAUGUGCGGCAAAAGCAUUUCGACCAAGGGCAACCUCAAAGUUCAUCUAGAAACUCAUCGACCCAAGGGCAAAUAUGGAUGCGACAUUUGCGGAAGAAUAUUCAAGACACAAUCAAACCUGUACCGACACAAGGAGUAUCACGGCGGCGUGCAGUACCCGUGCUUGGUGUGCGGCCGCGUCUACCCGACCAACAGCACUCUCAGAGCGCAUAGCAUCACCCACAGCACCCUCAGGCCUCACAAGUGUCCGCUCUGCGAGAAAACAUUCAAAAGAAAUCAGGAUCUUAAAUUCCACAUAAAUCAGCAUACUGGUGCCCGUCCGUACAAGUGUCCCUAUUGUCCGAAAGCGUUUGCCAGCUCGGGAAACUGCUUCUCUCAUCGCAAGCGAAUGCAUCCGACCGAAGUGGAAAGAGACAGAGAAAUGGCCGACGAAAUAGCACGAUGAUCACAACAUCUACGGUAAAUCACUGUCAUGGAGAAUUUGAAUGAUGAAUCAAUAGAAAUUACGCCUUUUAUCGUAACCUCCAACCAAAAUCUAGUCACAUCAAUAAGCUCAAAAUCAAUCAACAUAGGCUAGAAGUGAUGGGUAAAUACUUUUUAAUCGUAUUUUUAUUUGUACUUCUUCCUAUUCGUUUGACUUUGACUUAAUUUUUUAUAGGAUUUAUUCAUCUAAUGAAGUAUCUCAUUUUUUCUUAUUUGUAUUUUCUUAGACGGAGUCAGAUAAAGCCUCCUCUUUACCAGCCAACCUCAAGUUUCUCUAGUCGUCUGAACAAAUUGGUCAUAGAAUUAAGCUUUUCUCUUGUUGAAUUAUUCUAGUCCAAGCUAUGUUGGAGAACGGGAAAUCCACCUUCUCUUUCAUUACUACGUAAAUAGCUUUAUCAGCAAAUUAUUAGUAGGCAUACCAAACGAAAACAAAAUUAACAUUACUCACAAUUUACGUGCGUAUAUUGCCAUUGGUAAAAACUUUGGAUCAAAAAUAUUAUUCAACCUUUUUUCUUUUUUAUUUGUUGAAAAUUAAUGCAAUGAGUGGAAUAACAUUAUUUUUUAUUAUUUUCCCCACAACAUUGUUUCUCUAGCUGAAUUAUUCUAGUCCAAACUAUGUUGGAGAACGGGAAAUCCACCUUCUCUUUCAUUACUCGUAAAUAGCUUUAUCAGCAAAUUAAUAGCACCACACCAAAACAAAAUCAACAUUACUCACAAUUUCUGUGCGUAUAUUGUCAUUGGAAAAAACGUUGGAUCAAAAAUAUUAUAACUUUUUUCUUUCUUAUCUGUUGAAAAUUGAUUCAUUAAGUGGAAUAACAAUAUUUUUCAAUAUUCUUGCCCACCACGUUGAAGUGGCAUGUAAAUAUCAAUUAAUUACUGUAAGUUAUUGACACAUUAGUGCUCUGUUCCCUAAAAUUCAUUUUGAACUGAUUAUAUUCUUAGUUUUAUUUACAAGUAUAUUUUUAUUCAAAUAAGGAUAAGUUUAAGACAAUAUAGUUCAUUUUCAAAUUAUUC